AUGGUCACCAGUCACCAAUAUAUAAUUUAAAAAAGAAAAGUAGUCUACUCUUUUUAAAGUACACAAAAGUCAUGUAUGAUAAUAAUUAAUUAAUUCUCUACAGUUUGGACUUUGUCAUCACCAUCGAAGACUUUACCAGAUCUUAAAAUUUUGGAAUUGCAGGGAGUAAAUGAAAAUGGCUUCUUCUUCUUCUUCUUCUUGUUACCCUCCUUCUUUACCUGCGGCUAUGGCCUGUCAAGAAAAGUACGAUGUGUUUCUGAGUUUCAGGGGUCAAGACACUCGCGAUAAUUUUACAAGUCAUCUUUAUGAAGCUUUAAAUCGGAAGAAAAUCUACACAUACAUGGAUCACAGACUUGACAGAGGAGAUGAAAUUUCACCAGCACUUGCCAGAGCAAUCCAGGAAUCAAAGCUCUCUGUUAUCGUUUUCUUCAAAAGCUAUGCAAAUUCCUCAUGGUGCUUGACUGAACUCGUGCACAUACUCCAAUGCAGGAGAAGCAAUGGACAGCUUGUUAUACCAGUCUUCUACGACAUAGAUCCAUCCCAUGUACGAAAACAGGAGGGGAAUUUUGGACAAGCUUUUUCGCAACUUGAAGUGCGUUUCAAAGCGACCAAUAUGGACUUGGUCAAACAAUGGAGGGCUGCUUUGGAAGAAGCAGCUAAUCUGUGUGGGUGGGAUUCGGAGGUCACUAGCCCCGAUUCGAGAUUGGUUCAGGCAAUUGUAGAAGAUAUUUUAUGGAAAUUGAACUACAUAUCACCAUGUGAUCAUUUUGAAGACUUGGUCGGAAUCGACAAACGCUAUGAACAAAUUAAAUCCUUGCUGUGCGUGGGCUCUCCAGAUGUUCGCAUCGUUGGUCUUUUAGGCAUGGGUGGUAUCGGAAAGACAACAAUUGCUGGUGUUCUGUUUCAGUUGCUGUCUUGUCAGUUUGAGAGCUGUUACUUUCUCAAAGGUGUUAGAGAAAAAUCAGAGAAAGGUGAACUAGAUUUUUGGCGAAAGGAACUUCUUUCUGAACUAUUAGAGGACAACAAUCUUAACAUGAGCAAUUCAUAUAUAGAAUCAACUUUUGUUAGGAGAAGACUCCAGCGUAAAAGAGCCCUGGUUGUUUUUGAUGAUGUGGAUAAACCAAGCCAAUUUAAAAGUUUGGUCAAAGUGCAUGAUCUAUUUGGUCCUGGAAGUAGAAUCAUUGUAACAACCAGAGAUGAACAUGUGCUUAAUAAUAUCAAUGCUCAUAUACACAGGGUAGAAGAACUGAGUAAUGAUGAAGCUCUUCAACUCUUACAUUUGAAUGCUUUUCAUACAUGCUCUCCUGCAACAGAUUACUCAGAGUUGUCACAAAGGGUGGUAGAUUAUGCCAAAGGAAUUCCAUUAGCUCUUGAAGUCAUGGGUUCCUUCCUUAGUGACAAGAAUAUACAAGAAUGGGAAAGUGCAUUGGGAAAAUUGAAGACGACUUCCAACCAAGAUAUUCAUAAUGUUCUAAGAAUAAGUUAUGACAGAUUAGAUCAAAAAGAGAAAGAUUUGUUUCUUGAUAUCGCAUGUUUCUUUAAAGGGGAGGACGUAAAUAAUGCACAGAAAGUCUUAGAUGGUUGUGGUUUCUAUGUAGACAUAGGACUAAAAAUUCUCAAGCACAAGUCUCUCAUAACAAUGGAAAACAACAUACUACAGAUGCAUGAUUUGAUACAGGAGAUGGGUUGGGAAAUUGUUCGACAAGAAUGUAUUAAGGAGCCUGGAAGCCUGAUGCAGCUGCAAUAUAUUAGUUUCCUGUCUAAACGCAGCGUUUUAUUUCCUUUUACUUUUCCUUGCUGAUAUGGCUUGUUUUGUUAUUUUAAUUGCUGAGGUGGCUUCAUGCCUUUUAACAUUCACCCUGCGUGGUGACAAAGAGGGAUAUAAAAAGUAGUUGUAAAAAAAGACAGAUUUGGUAAUUUUUCUGGAAAUAGACUGAAAAUGCUUGUUUUCUCUCA